AUGGGCCCCAGGGCCGUGCUGCUACUGUUAUUGUGUGUGGUGACACUGAAUUCGACCCAGGCAGGUUCCCACUCUCUGAAGUAUUUCCAUACUUCUGUGUUCCGGCCGGGCAGAGACCCCUGGUACAUCGAAAUUGGUUAUGUGGACGGCACAGAAUUCGUGAGGUUCGAGAGCAAGAAGGCGAGGUCCGAGCCGCUGGUGCCGUGGAUAAAGCAGAUGGGAGCACAGUACUGGGACUGGCAGACAGAGGUCAACCAGAAGAUCGCACAGAUUUUCCGAGAGAACCUACGGACCCUGCACACCUACUACAACCAGAGUGAGGCUGGGUCUCACACCUACCAGGGCAUGUGUGGCUGCGAUCUGGGGCCGGACGGGAGCAUACGUGGGUACAUACAGCAAGCCUACGAUGGCGUUGAUUUCUUCUUCCUGAAUGAGAAAAUGAGCUGGACGUACAGGGACGCCACUGCUUGGAACAUUCAGAGAAAGUGGAACAAGACCUUUGAGAAUGAUAACAGGAAAGCCUGCAACAUAAAGCGCCUAUGCACGUAUUGGCUCCCCAGGUACUUGGAAGAUGGGAAGGAGACUCUGCGGCACACAGAACCCCCAAAGACACAUGUGACUCACUACCACAUUUCUAAACAUGAGGUCACAAUGAAGUGCUGGGCCCUGGGCUUCUACCCAGCACAGAUCUCUCUGAUCUGGCAGAGAGAUGGGGAGGACCAGACUCAGGAUAUGGAGUUGGUGGAGACCAGACCUGCAGGGGAUGGGACCUUCCAGAAGUGGGCAGCUGUGGUAGUCCCUACUGGAGAGGAGCAGAGAUACACAUGCCAUGUGCAGCAUGAGGGGUUGCCUGAGCCCCUCACCCUGAGAUUGGAAUUGUCCAACACCUCCUAUAUGGGUAUUAUAAUUGGCCUGGUUCUUCUUGGAGCUGUGGUUCUUGGAGUUGUAAUCUGGAAGAAGAAGAGCUCAGGUAGAGAUGGGGAUGGGAUCAGAAUCUUCUUGUUCCACUGA